AUGAAGAAGUCAAAGGUUUUGACCGUUGUCAUAAAGCUUGGCACAAGCUCAAUUGUCGAUGAAAAGACUCAUGAGCCCCUUCUACCCAUCCUGACUUUGAUUGUGGACACGGCGGUCAAGCUCCGGAAGCAUGGCCAUCGGGUCAUCAUUGUCUCCUCGGGCGCCAUCGGCGUUGGCCUGAGGAGGAUGGAUGUUGAGAAAAAACCGAAGCAUCUUGCAAAGUUACAGGCCCUCGCAGCAAUUGGCCAGUGCAGACUCAUGAGCCUUUGGGAUGGCCUCUUCCAGCACCUGGCCCAGCCCAUUGCUCAAAUUCUCCUCACGAAAAAUGACAUUGCCGACAGGACGAGGUACCUGAACGCGCAAAACACAGUCAACGAAUUACUCGACCAAGGGGUGAUUCCCAUUGUCAAUGAGAAUGAUACGUUGGCUGUUUCCGAAAUCAAAUUCGGCGACAAUGACACCCUGUCGGCAAUUACUGCCGCCAUGAUUCACGCCGACUUACUAUUCCUCAUGACCGAUGUGGAUUGUUUGUAUGACAAGAACCCACGCACGCACCCUGACGCUCGCCCAAUUGAGGUCGUCGAAGACAUUUCGGAGAUUCAAGCCGACGUGUCAAGCGCCGGCUCCUCGCUUGGAACUGGUGGGAUGAGCACAAAAAUCAUCGCUGCUAGGCUUGGAACGUCUGCAGGGGUCACAGUUAUCAUUACACGAUCCUCGAACCCCGGCAAUAUCCUAAACAUUGUCAAUUACCUCCAAAUCUCGUCUGGCCCAAGCACCCCUGACGAUCACAGCGCCCUGUCGCUUGUGUCGUCUUCAACCUCCCUGAACCUGAUGGCCCAAUCUCAGGUUAUAAAUCCAGAUGUCCCGCCCCUCCAUACACGAUUCCUUCCUUCGAGCGAUCCUAUUCGGGAUCGUUACUUCUGGCUCCUUCACACGGUCAAUCCUCACGGGACGAUCUACAUCGACCAAGGGGCGCACCGGGCACUGCUUGGCAAGGCCGGGCUACUCCCCGUGGGUAUCGUUGACGUUGAAGGAAACUUUGCCCAGCAUGAUGCCGUGCGGCUCGUUGUUGUCAAUAGGCUACGAGAGCCCGGGCCAGAUGGCAGACUGCGUGGUGACUACGCUGAAGAGGUCGGCCGAGCACUUGUGAACUACGCCGCGGCUGAGAUCACUCAGGUUAUGGGUCACCAGAGCGUGGAGAUUGAGAAAAUCCUAGGGUACGCGGAUAGCGACUACGUCGCCAACCGCUCCCACAUUGUGUUUUACAGAAGCGAAAGUCGGCCACCAACUCCCAAGCCCUCUGAUAAAGUCAAUGGCAGUGCGGCAUGA